AAUUAAAUACAGGGCUUUUUUCCGUGUUAAUACGUCACAUUUGCGUGGACCUGAUUGGUGGAAAUCCCUCUCCUCUGUAAACCAAUGGCAUUAAGAGCUGUACAAAGAGAUCUACUCUGUCUUAGUGAGAAGCGUCAGCUCGGAAGCCCUACAAUGUCCUGCGCAAGGAGAGACGGAUGCAGACACGAAGCAUGAAUUUUACUGUUCAUUUCCAAGCCUCGUCUGCGUUGGAUUACAAACAAUAUCUUCAGUUCAGAGGUUGGGACUGGGGUGAGACGAUAUGGAGCGGACGGGACGUGGAAUGAUGUGGAACAAAUUGUCAACAUGGCAGGUGCUUCUGUGGUGGCAUAAUUUCUUUAUCUUGUGGAGUACAAUAGACUCACAGACUCGCUACAGCGUUCCUGAGGAGCUGAAACAGGGAUCCAUGGUGGGAAAUAUAGCCAAAGAUUUGGGUUUGCUCGUACCUGAACUGCUUCGGCGUAAAAUGCGGAUAACCUCGGAGGCUGGUAAGCAGUAUUUUAAAGUAGACUUGGGAAAGGGAGAGCUGCUGGUGACCGACAGGAUAGACAGGGAGGAACUGUGUGGACAAAGACCGUCCUGUUUGCUGCCUUUGGAACUGGUUAUAGAUGACCCGCUGCAGGUGCACAGAGUUGAAAUUGAAAUACAGGAUACGAAUGAUCAUUCCCCUAGUUUUCCCACUAAAGAGAAAGUGGUGAAAAUCGCAGAGUUAGUAAAUCCAGGUGCGCGGUUUCCUUUAGAAAGCGCCACUGAUCCUGAUGUCGGUGCUAAUUCUGUACGCACGUAUCUCAUUAGCAAAAAUGAGCAUUUUAAAUUAACAGUUAAAAAUCUUAAAGAUGGGAGAAAGAUUCCUGAACUGGUGCUUGAAAAGCCCCUUGAUCGAGAGACGCAGGCUGUACACAACCUCGUCAUUACAGCUGUUGAUGGAGGAGAUCCGGUGCGUUCAGGGACGUCGGAAAUUACAGUCAUAGUGCUCGAUAACAAUGAUAAUGCGCCGCAAUUUGAAAAACAAGUAUAUGAAGCUAAUGUCAGCGAAAGGUCUGAAAUUGGAACCGAAAUCCUGCAGGUUAAAGCUUCAGAUGCAGAUGAAGGACUGAAUGGAGAAAUAGAAUAUGUGUUUGCGGAGCAAACGUCAGAUAUAAUUUUAUCCUUGUUUGACAUCAACCCGUCCACUGGGGUUAUUACUGUCAAAGGGGUUUUAGACCAUGAAUCAAAUCCUUUACACAGAUUCGAUAUAACUGCAAAAGACAAAGGAAAUCCGGAAAUGGACGGGCAUUGUGGAGUGGAAAUCAAAAUAAAUGACAUCAAUGACAAUAAUCCAGAAAUAGUUGUUACCUCUUUAACAACGCCCGUUCCCGAAGACUCUGCAAUCGGAACAGUCAUUGCAAUCAUAAGCACAAGAGACGCAGAUUCAGGUGACAAUGGGAAAGUGACAUUAACGUUGUCAAACAAAUCCCAGUUCAAAUUAAACCCAUCGAUCUCAAAACAUUUUUCACUAGUCACAAAUGGUCCACUUGACCGUGAAACAAACAGCCAGUAUAGUGUUCAGAUAACCGCCUCUGAUUCUGGAAAACCGCCAUUAACAAGUGAAAAAACAAUAAUAGUUCAACUUUUAGAUGUGAAUGACAAUCCUCCAGUUUUCUCUCAAAGUUUGUACACAGUUUAUGUUAAAGAAAACAAUGCUCCAGGGAUGAUUUUGUGCUCAGUAUUAGCAUCUGAUCUGGAUUCUGGUGAAAACGCAAAGAUCUCUUACUCCAUACUGGACUCUAAAGUGCAGGACGUCUCUGUCUCGUCUUAUGUUUACAUUAACUCAGAUAACGGGAGCAUCUACAGCAUGCACUCGUUUGACUAUGAGAAGCUGAAAGUGUUUCAGAUUCAGGUUCAGGCAAAGGACCAGGGCUCUCCCUCUCUCAGCAGCAACGCCACUGUCCAUGUUUUCAUCCUGGACCAGAACGAUAAUACCCCCGCUGUUAUUUACCCCUCCUCCGCUGCCCUGGGCUCCCUCUCUCAUCAGAGGAUGCCCCGCUCCGCUAAAGCGGGUCACCUGGUUACCAAGGUAACAGCAGUGGACGCUGAUUCGGGUCAUAAUGCCUGGAUCUCAUACAGACUGGCGGAGGCCACAGACGCCUCUCUGUUCACCGUCAAUCAGUACACAGGAGAGGUGAGGACUAAACGCGCUGUGUACGAGCAGGACGACUCCUCUCAGAGGCUGCUGAUAGAGAUCAAGGACGACGGGCAACCGGUUCAGUCCGCCACCGCCACGGUGUCCAUCCUACUGGAGGACGGUCUCCAUGAACCCAUUUUAGACCUCCGACACAAAAUGUCCGAGCCCAGCAAGAAAACUGGCAGAAUCACCCUUUAUUUGAUUCUGUCUCUGGCCUCAGUGUCCGUGCUGUCUCUGGUGACUUUUCUCGUCCUGGCGGUGAAAUGUAUCAGGGGCAGCAGAAGCAGCGGGAGCUGCUGCAUGAGAAGGAGCGACUGUGAUGAUUACAAGAACCCCAACAGGAACCUGCAGAUUCAGCUCAACACUGAUGGACCUAUAAAAUACGUGGAGGUCCUGGGAGGAGACAUGAUGUCUCAGAGUCAGUCGUUCAGGUCCUGCAUGUCUCCCAUGUCAGAGUACAGUGAUUUCACAUUGAUCAAACCCAGCAGCACCACAGACUUUAAAGAAGUCAUCAGUGUUCUGGACGCGUCUUUACCCGACAGCACCUGGACCUUUGAGAGCCAACAGGUGAGCUAA